UACCCCUUUUGUAUGUGGUCCACACUGUACCGUCUUUGGUUUAGUCGACAUCGAAAAUGGCGGAAUACCUGGCGUCCAUUUUCGGUACAGAGAAAGAUAAGGUGAACUGUUCUUUCUACUUUAAAAUUGGUGCCUGCCGCCAUGGUGACCGGUGCUCCAGAUUACAUAAUAAACCAACUUUCAGCCAGACCAUCUUGAUUCAAAACAUCUACCGUAACCCCCAAAACAGUGCGCAGACGGCCGACGGCUCCCACUGUGCCGUCAGUGAUGUGGAGAUGCAGGAGCACUAUGACGAGUUCUUUGAGGAGGUCUUCACAGAGAUGGAGGAGAAGUACGGAGAGGUGGAGGAGAUGAACGUGUGCGAUAACCUAGGAGACCAUCUGGUCGGAAACGUAUAUGUGAAGUUCCGUCGUGAAGAAGACGCAGAGAAGGCAGUGAUGGAUCUGAAUAACCGCUGGUUCAAUGGUCAGCCCAUCCACGCCGAGCUCUCUCCCGUUACCGACUUCAGAGAAGCCUGCUGCCGCCAGUAUGAGAUGGGGGAGUGCACUCGAGGAGGUUUCUGUAACUUCAUGCACCUGAAGCCCAUCUCUAGGGAGCUGAGGAGGGAGCUGUACGGACGCCGCAGGAAGAGGGGAGGGGGGCAUCGUUCUCGCUCCCGUUCCAGGGAACGGCGUUCGCGCUCGAGGGACAGAGGCAGGGGAGGUGGUGGAGGUGGACGUGACCGCGAGAGAAGGCGCUCCAGAGACAGAGAACGCUCGGGAAGAUUCUAAACUGAGCAUCCACCACACAUCUAUCUCCAUUAUCACUCUCCAUCCAUCCCCAAAUCUCUCUAUCCUUCCCUCAAUUGCGGCCUAUCAAUUCACCCAUAUCCCUUUCAUAUUAAUUGUGUCUCCAUGACCAAAAUGAAUUGGAAAAUGUUGGACUUGUUUUUUUUCUCUUAUCAUUUUUAUUCAAGGAAUGGAAACAUUUUCCUUCUCAAUAAAAAAACAACAUGAUUUGUA